AUGAAUAAAAUUGAUGAAUCGGACUAUUAAAAGAACUGCUAAUCCUACAUUGAGAAUGAGGAUUUCCGCCCAUUUCGUCAUUCACCCAUUACAAAUUAAAUAGAUGUAAAUUAAAAUGAAAAAUCAGAUAUUCUAGAUAUGUCUGUUUCUUUUUAAAACUUUUCUCAUCCUCAAAUAAUAGAGGGAAAAAAUAUGGCAAGCAAAAAGAAAACCACUCAGAAAUUAUUUGGAUUAUUAAAGGUGGACAAAUUGGUUUAAGUAUUUAAAGAGAGAAUAAUGAAGAAAGCCUAUAUUUACAACAAUGAAACUAAGAAAGUUACUGAAAAAUUUCUCAUUGAAAAAUAUUUACAAAAGAAGCCUGCUAUGUAGGGAGAAUAUAUGUCUACAAAAAAUUUUCAAAUUUCAGUAUUUGAUCAAAGUAGCGCUUUGAUAACAUCUUGGGAGUUCAUAAGGUCUUUAUCUCUUAUAUCUAUUUUAUGGAUUUAUCCUUUUAUAUGGAGCUUUGAAAUGGGUAGAGAGGAAAGUUUCUCAUUUAUUAUUCUAUAUACUCUAAUUUACUUUUCUUUGGAUAUUUUGCUGAGAUUAAAUACACAAAUCACAAUUUAAGGAAAUAUAAUAAAUGAUCGAUUUUCAAUUUUGAAAUAUUAUUUUAAGGAUGAUUUAAUACUUGACUUCUUACUUAUUUUUUCAGUCAUUGUGCUAAAUACCUCUAUACCAGACAGCAAAGAUUAUAACGAUAUUAUUACUGCAACUAUCUUUUUAUUCUUAUGUUGUCUUGUAAGUUAUGUAAAAUUAAGUGAACAGAUAGGUAAAUUGCAACAAUAAACUCAUAUCAAUUAAAUCUAUAGAGAAUAUCUCAAUCUAGUAACCUUAUUAUUUUCAAUCAGCUUAUUUGCUCAUUUAUUAGCAUGCAUCUGGCAUUUUGUAGGAUCAAACAGUGCAGAAACUUUAAAUACUAGUUGGCUUAUUUAUAAGGGUAUUGAUUAAGAAUCAAUCUUAAUUAAAUAUUGUUAUUCAUAUUAUUGGGCAACAGUUACUAUGAUUACUGUAGGAUAUGGCGAUAUUACUCCAUAAAACUACAUUGAAACCACAAUUUGUAUAAUAUUGAUGUUUAUGGCCUGUGGUGUGUUUGCAUUUUCAAUAAAUAAAAUAGGAUCAAUUUUGUCUACUAUAAAUGAUUAAAAAUCUUAAUUUAUUUUCAAUUUACAUGCAAUUACAAAAUAUAUGAAAUAACAUCAUAUUCCAUAUUAAUUAUAAGACAGAGUCAGAAGCUAUCUUUAAUAUAUGUAAAAGGAAUCUUUAGAACAAAAACAUGAAUUAAUCGGAUAGAUAAAAGACUAAUUAUCUGUAGAAUUAAAAAAUGAAUUAAUGUAUAUGCUUCUACUUAAUAAUUUCUCAGAAUAAACUUUAAAGGAAAUAUCAAAGAAGAUAAAACCAUAUAAAUAUUGUCCAAAUGAAAUUAUAUAUUCUUAAGAUAGUUGUUCAGAUAUUUCAUUGUAUUUUAUUGAUUAUGGUCAAAUUAAAUUAGUUGAAAUGAAAUCAUAAACUCAAUUAACAAUUUUAAAUCCUGGACAACAAUUUGGAGAGAAUGAAUUUUUUACAUAAUAAUCUAGAAAAUUCACUGCAGUAAGUGUUGGGUUUACAAAAAUUUAUAAGAUAAACAGAUAGGAUUUCAUUAACAGUCUAGAUAAAUAGGAUUAUGAAAGGUUUCAUUAGAUCAAGGAUAAACAAUUGUAAAAUAUAUCGGUAGAGGGAUUUAAUUGUUGUGCAUGCAAUUCUGAAAGUCACUAAAUUUUUGAUUGCUCAUAUCUAAUUUACAAACCAGAUAUUGACAAGUUAAUUCUGAAAUAUAAUAGAACAAAAAAUAUACAUAGAAAGAGAAUCAUAAGAACAUGCCAUAAAAUAAAUUCGCUUAAGAGCAUAAAGGAUGUAUAAAUUCAACAGAAACUAUAUUACUCAACUAAUUUUGUAGAAGACAAAAAUGGUAGUUAUGCAUCCUUUGAAUAAGAUGGAACGCGGCACCAAUCAAUUACUCAGGAGUAAAUUUAGAGUUUAGACUCACCUUCCUAAGAAAUUUGCCUAAGUGUUAAUUAAUUACAAUAAUAAUAACAAGAUACUCUAAUCUUACCCUCUUAAGUAAAAAUAUAACAACAGAAAUAACAUGAAACUAGAACAUCCCAAUAGAACUUACAGUCUUUUCAAAUAUAGACCUCUAUAAAGGAUAUAUAAUUAAGAUCGAACAAAUAUGUGAGAGAUAAGUCAUAAAAAUCUCCAACCCAUAUUUAACGUAAUCCUGGUACUUUUAUUAGCUAAAAUAAUAAUUUACUAUAUUUUGAUAAAAUUUGCGAAUUUUAGCAUUACUUUCCAAGUUUUAAUUAUUCUGAAGUAAUAAUUGAUUAUAAUAAACUUUAAAAACAUUGUAGAAGAAUCAGCAGAAGAUAAAGAUAAAGUGAAUUUAAGUAUACUCUCAUUUAACCAUCCGCGUAAAAGAAGUUGCUUAAUGUUUGA